ACGUGGAAGCCUGGGAAACGAAACGGCGGGAAAAACAUAGUAUGAGAAAGAAACCGUACAUACAUACAAACAGUGCAAGUUUCUCAUAUCUUUGUUGUUGUUGUUGGGUGUGGUGCUGUUGUUUGUUUUGAAAACAUGGCUGCCAUGGCUGAUGAGGUGGAGACAAGCCUUCUGGUGAUAGUAGUGGACCUUCACACUCGUCAGAGGUAUUUACGGGACCAGCCUUCGCUAUUGAUGCAUGUUCUCGACUCUGUGAUAACCCUUGCUAACAUGCAUCUCAUGUUGAAGACCAAAAAUAAGGUUGCUAUUGUUGGCUGCAAUGCUUCUAAUAGUGAAUUUCUUUUCUGUGAUGCCGAUGCCAUACAGCCUCAGCCAGGACAAUCUGGGCAAUCGACUGCAGUUCGACAAUCAGAUGGUCAAUAUGAGAUAUUUGCUCAUUUGGAAACUACUGUAAAACAGAACAUCAAAGAUUUCAUGCAAGAUGAGCAGUCCACUUUCUUUGAAGAUAAAGAUUGUGAGUCACUCAUUGCAGGAGCUUUAACAUUGGCUCUUUGUUAUAUAAACAGGAUAAAUAAAGAAAAAUCUGCUGGAGAAAACUUGAAUUCAAGGCUUUUGAUUCUGACUGGAUGUGCAGGCGGAGCUUCACAGCACAUGGCGUACAUGAAUGUGUUCUUCACGGCUCAGAAACAAAAUAUUGUAAUGGAUGUAUGUAGUUUGGAAUAUGAAUUGGGGCUCCUUCAGCAAGGUUGUGACAUUACUGGUGGACUUUUUCUCAAAAUCCCUCAACUCCAGGGCCUGUUACAGUAUUUGCUGUGGGUUUUCUUACCAGAGCCUCCAAUACGCAAGAAAUUAGUUCUACCUCCUCCAGCAAGGGUUGAUUACAGAGCUGCCUGCUUUUGUCAUAGAACUCUCAUAGAUAUUGGUUUUGUCUGCUCUAUUUGUUUAUCUAUCUUCUGCAAAUUCAGUCCUAUCUGCACAACAUGCAAUACCGUUUUCAAGCCACCUGGUUCUCUUCUUCCCAAAAAGAAGAAAAAACAAAUCAAGAAUGUUUGUUGACACAUGCAGUAUUUCAUGCUCAUUCUCAUGUUUGAGGAUUUUUCAAUCUUCAUGUAUGUUUGUACCUGAGACUUAGUUUCAAUUGUAAAAUUUAAGUCACAUCAAGUGACUUGUGCUCCUUCAAAGGCAGGAACCAAUUGCACCUUUGAGGCUGAUGGAACAAACAACUUAUUUGGUCUGGAAUAAUAAUAAUGGAAAUAAUUAGUGGGAAGCAAGAAAUGUUUUCUUCUAGUAUUCAUCGUUUUUUAUAAUACUUUAUCUUUUUAUGAUCACUGUUGAAUAUGCGUGCAAAAAUGGAAGGGUAGACAGCAAAUAAAACGUGUGCAAUAAAUUAAAUUGUAAAUCCAAGCAAUGCAGCAACAAGAAGAAAAAAAACAAUUUUGCACCUAUUUAAAUUUUGAAACAUGAAUAAAUUAUUUACAUAACAA